AUGGCCAUCCUUAUGCCCUGCAUCACUCAAGCAAAGAAAAUUCUUAAACGGUCAUUCUCAAAUGGAAGUAGCACAACAAAAUCUAUGGAUAUCCCAAAAGUCAGUUUAGUGGUUUAUGUUGGUGAGCAAGAGAAGAAGAGAUUUGUAGUUCCCGUAUGGUUCUUAAUGCAACCUACUUUUCAAGAACUGCUAGAUCAGGCUGAGGAAGAAUUUGGAUAUAGUCAUCCAAUGGGCGGCCUGACUAUUCCAUGUAGUGAAUAUACGUUCACGGAUAUAGCUUCUCGUUUGGGCGCAUUAUGA